CGGACAGUGCGGUGUCUCGCGCUGUCAUUAGAUAACUUUUCACAUGUGAUUUUCGCGUAUCGGUUUGCGGUGUCCUUUUGUUCCGUGCGGGUAUCCGGUAGUGCAGCAAAUAAAAGUUACAAAAUAAUAAAUUUCGAUUGAUAAACAAAGCCAGUGAAAUCGGUGAAAACGGGGCAAGUGGCAGUUUUAGGCCUAGACUGUAUUGGAAAGAAAAAUUUCGGAGCCAAAAAAAAAAAAAAAAUAGUUUGCACGUGAAUUUGGACGUCACCCGUAGCUGUUGCUGUUUCAGCAGAAUAUUUUAAUCCGUUGUUACUGGCGGUGUGUUUGUGAUGUGGGGGGAGAUCAAGUGAUUGGCGUGUAACCCAAAAUCGGAAGAAGUGAUGACAUUUUAUGGAAUGUCCAAUGAUUGUGCUGAAAAAUAUGAAUAGUUUUGUUCGAUUGCAUGCAGUAGGCGGCGUCGCCUAGAAUUAUUGUCGAGAAAGUAUAAGUGAAUGUGAAUCCCCAACCACCAGCCCUGUAGUAGAAUCCAAACAGACACAAACCGAGAACGGUCUCGGUUCUGGAGAAGACCCCCCUCCCAGAACCGAGAUAUUCCCGCCUGCAGCAACCUGUAACGGUUAGGAGCCUAUCAUCGUGGAAGUGGAUUCGCAAUAUUUAUUAGUCAAUACAUUAUACAUAGAGCCUUAGAAUAUGGAAUUUAAAAUACUUAAUGUGUCGGCUGUGCGGACAAUUCCGACAGCGUCACAUUUUACCGCAAUGGGCCGCGGUCACAUGUACGAUGCAAGCUUUCAAACCUUUUCGGGAGAAAAAUUAAUUCGUGGCUUGCCGUACAGUAUUCCGGCGGUCAGUCACCACUAUGGCAAUGCUUUUACACCGAAUGAUGGUGAUGAGGAGUUGGAAGAAGAGGAAAUUGAUACGGAGGAAGAAGGAUGUACUGAACGACAGAUUCAGCAGCAACAAUUUGGCAUUGCCGAUAUAAGCGACGGCGAGUACUACUACGAAGAGGAAGAGAUGGAUGUCGAAAUGUCACCGGCUAUCGAGGUAAUUUCGAUUGAUCCGAACUGUGAUUAUGAUUCGGAGGAGGAAACCGACAGAGAAUGCCUGCAGCAGCAGCAGCAACGGUCGACGACGGCAAACCAGUUGGAGUUUGUAAUAGAACACCCCUUUGACCAGCCAUCCGUGGCGGGAGAAACGGUCAUCGAGAACGUUUGCGUUUCGGAUGACGUCGAAACGACGGCGAUAAUAGAAGCUUUGGAAAGUGACAACAUAGAAGCUGAGCUGGAGAAUCUUCAUCGUGAUUCGGAUGGCGAAGACUCCGACAGUAGUAGCAGUUCAGACAGUAGCGCUAGUAGUAGUAGUGCUAGUAGUAGUAGUGCUAGUAGUAGUAGUAGUAGUAGCGCAAGUAGUAGUAGCGACAGCGAUAGUAGUACUGAUAGCGAUAGUGACAGCAGUAAUAAUGACAGUGGCGACAGUAAACAGAGCAGAAGGAACGCUUCCGGUUCGGAAAAUGAAACCACAUCUACAGCGUUCAGUCCUUUGGGUUUAAAUCAUUCUGACCAUGAAGAUGGAAGUGUGAAAAACAAAGAAAAUCUGCAGCGUGUAUUGGAGCGUCGGAAAUUGAUGGCCAAGGAACGUUUGAAGCGUAGAAAUAGCACCGAUAGAAAGUCGUUUUCUUUGCCGCACUCUCCGGUUGUGCCAGUUGAAGCAGCCGGAUGGCCGCAAGACGCUACCAGCUUGAGUUUCGAGGACCUCGACAUAUCGACAAUUGCCAACGAGCUAAGUCCAUUGAAGGUUCCAGGGCGUGCUGGCGUGGCUGAUGACAGCUUAAUAGAAGAGAUGGCACAAAGCAAUUUCGAUUUGGCUUCUUACAUCACCGAUGAUAAGUCUCCUAAUGUUUCCCACUCGGCUUACAACGCGGCACAAAAGAAACCGCAAAGUCUACGCAAAGCUUCCCCUGUUAAAAAACAACUCAAAUCACGUGGGAAACAGAUCAAAAUGCUGCGAGAAUUAAUGAUUUCACCGAAGUCUAGAGCCUCUGACUCGGCUGGUACACGAAGAAGCUGUACAAGCAAUGCACGCCGAAUCGUGGAGAAUAGUGAUUCCGAAACGGAACAGUCUGAAGUGGAAGCAGACAUUACAAGCAGUAGCAAGAUUUUUGGAAUUGACCAAUUAGCUAAUAAAUCGAAGCGAAAGGAUGAUGAUACCAAGGCUGAUCCAACAUGGAAUCCAAAACCUGUUCAUCGAACAAUGGCUCAGACUCACAAAAUAACAGCCAUUCCUACGCCAGCUGUUGCCAAUGAGGCACUGCCAACGGAAAUAGGAACAAUCGACGUAAAACCCCAAGCAAUCCCAGUAAAGUCAGUUGAAAGCACAAAACAAACCAGUUCAACAGUCAAUAAAAGUAAAGUACUAAGCGCUAAUUCACAACUGGCGCGCAAUAAGGUGCUAUCGUUGAUGAACAAGAGCAAACAACAGAAGUGUCCUGUCAAAAAGAAAUCCACCAGCUUCGUCGAACCAAAAUCAAACAAUGUCAGUAAGCCGAAAACUCCCAGUUCGUCAGAGCAACCAGAAAAGAAACCUCAAUUUACCUCCAACAUUAAACUUGAUCAUGACUAUUGCUCACCAAAGAAAAAACUCACCGUAAACUCGUCAGCAUCCGGUGUUUCGCAAAGGAAGGCAAUUGAGAUUCCCUUUUUGCUGCCUACCAUAGACCAGCCGAAGAGAAAGAAGAAACAAUUGAAAAGUGUCAACAAACAACGGCCCCAAGAGACGGAUAUCAAAAACAAACAAACGGGUAAUAACUGUGAUAAGAAAAAUAGUCAAAACGUGGAACGCGUCGAAAAAGUGGUCUCCGUAAAAUUAGAGCCAGUUGCAGAGAAAAUAGCGGAGCAUAGUAGUGCUAUCGAUUUGGCUAAGCCACAAGCGAUACGGCAGCAGCAGCCGCCCAAGCAAGUUUCACUAUUGAAGGUCAAUCAGAACAAACCGUGUGCGGAGCAAAAACCAACAACUUACCCACUCAACGUAAAUGUCAAGUCUGAACCCUUACCAAUCACCAACACCCAAUCGAACACCAAAGCUGAACUGCCUGUUAAAAUAAAGAAGAAACUGAAUCUUGAAGAAUACAAGAAAAGACGUGAGUUACCAGCGGAGGAGAGUACACUCCCGGCGGCCGCUGCAGCAGAAAUUAGCAGCAGCACUAGCAGUGAUAGCGUGAGUACCAACAGCAUUUCUUCCAGUAGCGAGGAGCUGAUAGCAACGGAUCAGGCUGCAAAGAAAAGCCAGACACCAGCGCGGGGCGUUCGUGCUCUUGCCCCUCUGGAUCCGAUUUCGGCAGCUAGACUGAAAGCGCUGCGAAUGCAGCAACUCAAAAAGGAAGCAGCUAUCAAGUCGACCGAAGCGAAGAUCAUUCCAAAAACUGUUCCUACUACCAUAGUGCCGCUUGCAGAAAUUACCUCCAUCAAAUUCGACGAGCACGGAAAUCCUGUGCCAUACGACAAAAAUGCCGAGAAAAGCCAGUUGGAAACGAAACUGCACGUGGACUUUGAAGAAAUCGUCAUCGUUUCGAUGGGAUGCAAUACGGACCUCACAAUCGACCCUAGACGAGCAAAACAGGAGACUGUUAAAAUAAAAAAUACUUCCACCGAACUGCCAGAGAAGUGUAUAGCUAAAAGCGAACUUCUCUCCAACAUUACGGAUACGAUCAAGCGUUGCCAAUCAUCCGGACCGGCUAUUAUUUCCAGCAGCUCGCUGAUUUCAGGCAUCCACGAAAUGGUCAUCAAAAAGAAAUCGGACAAGUUGUUGCUCACCGGCGGACUAGCCAGUCAGCAAGGUUCACCGAACAUCGGUGGUUCCCCACCGAAUGCAUUUUCACCCGGCAAACCGGAGAAAGCAGGUGGUUCUUACGAGUCGUGUUCUCCCUCAUUUGACUAUGACGAAACCAAACUACGUCAAACAGCACCAGCACAAGAAGAGAAACCGGUGGAACAUGGUGAAGACAAAAUCAUCAUGCAUUUACGUAAAGAUCGGCAACGGCCCACCUGUAUUUCGGUAGCAAUUCAAACUCUUCCUCUGGAUCGAUUUCCACAGUUGAAGAUCCUAUCCCCAAUCAAGAAGAAGCAAAAGUCACGCAGCGUGUCGAACAGCAGCGUUGAAUCAGUACAACAACGAAGUCGCAGUCGACAGACGGAGGACAGAGAUCGCUCGCGUCGACAGUAUCGCCGACGACGCAGUAGAAGCUCUUCCGUUGAAGAAUCAACAAGCCGUAAUAGAUCAGCUAAUUCGUAUCACAGCCGCAGCAAACACUCAUCGUCCAGGCGAAGCCGCAGUCGGUGCAGAUCUCGAUCAUGCUCUAGAUCUGGCCGCUGCUCUAGACGCAGCCGUAGUCGCAGCCGUAGCCGCAGCCGGUCGUAUCGUUGCCAUAAGAGCAUAUCAUCGGAAAGACGGUCACGCUACGAUAGACGUGAUCGCCAUCGUCGGGACCAAAGAGGAAGAAAACGCAGUUACCGAAGCCGGUCAUCAAGCUACUCGGACAGCAGUCGAUCUUCGUACUCUCGUUCCAGGUCUGGUUCAAGGCGAUCACGUUCGCGUUCGCGGUCGCGGUCGCGGUCAUCUUCUCAGGCUAGUCGGAUGCUGCAGCAGCAGCAGCAGCAGCAAAGCAACAACUACAGGCAGCCGGCAGUAUCACCUGAACGAAAAAUUGUCUACGUGGGGCGAUUGGAAGCAUCGUUGAAACGAGACGAUUUAAAGCGGAAAUUUUCGCAUUUUGGUCGUAUUAAGCAAGUCACGAUUCAUUAUAAGGGAUCAGGUGCAAAAUAUGGAUUCGUGACAUUCGAGAAACCGCAGGAUGCCUACAGAGCCAUAGAUGAAAGCGGAUCCGAUCCUAAUCUGGGUGGCUACGAUGUCAGUUUUGGAGGGCGUCGUGCCUUCUGUCGAACGGAGUACGCUGAUUUAGAUGGCGAUCUCUCCCAGGACCAUGAAGCGGUACCCUAUUUGGCUCCGGACGGAACGAUGCUCCUUACGCCGAAUCCUCUGAGCGUUAUGCCACGUAAUGACGGGCCCGAAUCGUUUGAAGAUAUGCUGAGAAAACUGAAAAAGGAGAUUAUUGCCAAAAAGCCGCGCAAAUCAUGACCACUGUGCCAAAACGUGAACGUGAGUCCCAGGUGUAUGUUUUUGGCGUGUUACACAGUACUGUCGGCGUAUUAGGUUGGUUCCUGCUAGGUUUGUCGUUGUCCCCCGUUCGACUGAUGAAAUUUCAAAGAACAGCUGGACAGAUUUUGUGAAUAGUUAAAGUUGAUUCAUCGUUUUACAAUGCUUGAUUGUCGUUUUGGCACAUUUCCCACGUUUUUUACAGACUUGUGCAGUUGUACUUUUUUUCAUUCUAACAUUUUAAAGAUUUCCAAUGGCACACCCGAUAAUGAUUUUUGCAGCAAAAAUAUUCAUUAACGGUACAAAGCUACCCCAAUAUUUUUUUUAUUUUAAAACAAAUGAAAUAAACUUCAAAAUUUACGCUAAGGUAGCUGCGUCUUACACAGAAACCGUGUGAUUUUAUAAUUUAUAUUUAUCAUACAAUCAAACUGUCAAUAAAAAAUAAUUGGAGUCUGUUGCAUUGUAUCUGCUAGACAAAAUUUUCUUCGUUGGUUUCUGAUUGCGAAAUUCAAGGAGAGUUUGGAAACCAGUUUUAUAAAUCAAAUCAAAUUUUAUGUUUCAGAUUUCUAUUCUAUUCGACUUCUUCGCUUAUUUUGAUACUAAUUCAAAAACGAUUUGACCAACGGUUUCAAUUUUUCAUUCAUUUUAUUUCAUUCGACCACCGGAAGUGGUUGGUAAAAUCAUUCUAGUGACUCGCAAAACAAACUUUGUUGGUAGACGUUUGCAAAAGAUAAGCAAACAAUAAGAUUUUAAUUUUUCAUUUACCUUUUCUUUUGUUUUUUAAUAUUUUUUAAAGAUGAAAACACAAUUUUACAAGAGCUAGGUAACAUUGGAUGGAGUUUUUUUUCGUAAGAAACUGGAAUGUUUAUUUGUUUGAGUUUUUUUUGCCACUCACACUUCCCUGGGACGGAUCGCCGUAAAAUUAAUAUCAAAAUUAAAAGCCGAAAUGUCCAUAGAAUCGAAGUCCGAAAUAAAAACAAUACGAUUUUAACUCAAAACUUCGACUGCUGAACACCUUCAACGUAGAAGAAUUAUGGAGAACAGUAUGAAUGUUUACUUGUAUCUGAAUAUGCAGCUCUAUCAUGAGUAAUUUUUCAUUGUCUCAAUUUUAUUCAAUUGUUAAUGGAUUACUUGUUGAAUGGUAAAGAUUUUUUGCUCAAUUUUCUAUUAAUUGUGUAGUUAAUUAACUAAAUCGGCAGGGUGGUUAUUAUUUGAAGUUUAAUUCUUUCAAGUAUGGCGCUCCAAACUAUAGGUGUAUGUAUUGACCAGCAUUCAAAAAUUCGAAUUAAAACAAAAAAUCAGUGCUUAAAAAAUACAGAUAAAUUUGCAGCUUAGCUUGUUUACCACCGCGAUAAGCUGUAAAACCAUAUUCGAGUGACUAGACUAUCAUAAGUGUUGUAUUUUGCGUAAACAAUAAUGAAAGAAAUCAGGAAAACUAGACGUUUAAAAUCUGUGAUUUUUUUAAUCCUAAACAAACAGUUCCCAGAGGGGCUAUUUUCAGGAUAGGAAAUAAAAUACGUUCACUUCCACGAUUAUAGAAGCUAAGUUUAGUGUUAGCAAAUCGACCGUCUGUCAGGGCGGUUUUCUUUUGGUUUUGUUCGUCAAUUAGUUAACAACUUAGUACAUAUUGAAUGGAUCUAGAUAGCAGUUUUUUUUGGCAAUUGAUAGCUUUUCAAUAUUUUGACUUCGAUUUGUUUUAGCAAUAGUUUAGUCAGUUAAUUUUACUUAUA